AUGUCAGCUAGCAGUAGACAUUGUUCUGUUCGUCUUUAUAAAGAUUUGGUAUUAAUUGAUGAAACAUUCUCUAGUACAAAUUUAUUUCAUUUAAAACGAAGACCAAACGUUGAUACUGCAACAGCCAUGGCUGAUAUGGACAUUACUCAUCCAAUAUUCGUAUAUAGGCCUCAACAAGCUCCCUAUGUUGGUGGGGAAUUUGAAGUUGAAUUCGAUAUACCUAUCGAUUAUCCACUGGCAAAACCAAAAGUUAAAUUUCGAACACCAAUUUAUAGUCCAGUGAUUGAAGAAUCAGGAGCGUUAUGUCUCCCAUUAUUAACUAAAUGGUUACCAAAUACUCGAUUACACGAAAUUUUAAGUGAAAUUGAUUAUUUUAUAAAUCAUUUAGAUGAUGUUGAUGAACCAAUACGCCCACAAUUGUUAAAUGAAUAUCGUAAUGAUCGAGAAAAUUUUAUGCGUAAUGCCGAGCAAAAAACAAAAGAAAAAGCACAACCUCAAAAACAUUAA